GGAAAAGAGAAAACAACGUGAGUAGAGCCUGUCAUAUGUUUCUGCUGCUUUACUGAUUCCUCCAGUUUUUGCAGCUUAAUUACACGGAUUAUCUUCAAAAUGGGGCACACAAGUUUAGAAAAAAUCAUUGCACUACAAAAGAAAACCUCAAACAUAAGAAACAUCUGUAUUUUGGCACAUGUGGAUCAUGGGAAAACAACACUGGCAGAUUGUUUGGUUUCAAGCAAUGGCAUCAUUUCCAAUCGCUUGGCAGGGAAGCUCAGGUACUUGGACAGCCGGGAGGAUGAACAGAUCCGGGGGAUCACUAUGAAGUCCAGCGCCAUUUCAUUACAGUAUACGACAGGAGAAAACGAAUACCUCAUUAAUCUGAUCGACUCUCCCGGUCAUGUGGACUUCUCCUCUGAGGUGUCUACAGCUGUGCGGCUGUGUGAUGGAGCUAUUGUCAUCGUGGACGCAGUAGAAGGAGUGUGUCCUCAGACACAAGCAGUGUUACGCCAGGCAUGGCUGGAGAACAUUCGACCCGUGCUUGUUAUCAACAAGAUCGAUCGGCUAAUCGUGGAGCUCAAGCUCAGUCCUCAAGAGUCCUACAUCCACCUCCAGAAAAUUCUCGAACAGGUAAAUGCUGUGACAGGCAGUCUGUUUACUUCGAAAGUGCUGGAGGAACGGGCAGUGAAGGAGGCACAGGCUCACGAAGAGCAUCCUGAAGCCGACGGAGGAGAGCAGGUUUACGACUGGAGCUCGGGCCUGGAGGAGACAGACGACUCUCAUCUAUAUUUCAGUCCUGACCAGGGCAACGUAGUGUUUGCCAGUGCAAUCGACUCCUGGGGCUUCAGCAUCCAUCAGUUUGCACAGAUGUACAGCCAGAAGAUGGGGAUUCGCUUGCAGCUUUUACAGAAGACCCUGUGGGGGGAUUACUUCCUGAAUGCCAAGGCUAAAAAGAUCAUGAAGGGAGCACAGGCGAAAGGAAAAAAGCCUCUUUUUGUCCAGCUGGUCCUGGACAAUAUUUGGAGUUUAUACGAUGCUGUGGUCAUCAGAAGAGACAAAGAGAAGGUGGAGAAGAUGGUGACCUCUUUAGGGUUAAAGGUCAUGGCCCGAGACCUUCGUCACUCUGACCCGAAAGUGCUCCUGAGUGCCAUCUGCAGUCAGUGGUUGCCCGUGACUCAGGCGGUGCUCUCGAUGGUGUGUGAGAAGUUGCCGGCUCCUACUGAAGUGAGCUCUGAGAGAGUGGAGAAGCUGAUGAGUGUGGGCACACGCAGGUUCGACUCCCUGCCCGAAAAAACACGACAGCUAAAAAAAGCAUUCUUGGAGUGCGCAAGUGAAGAAUCGGCGCCAGUCAUCGUUUUUGUGUCGAAGAUGUUCGCUGUGGAUUCAAAGGCCCUGCCUCAGAACAAACAGAGGCCCCUGACUCAGGAGGAGAUUUCUCAGCGUCGAGAGCUGGCCAGACAGAGACAUGCGGAGAGACAAGCAGCCAGUCAGGGCUCUGAAAACCCAGAGGCCACCAGCACCAACAAACAAGAUACUGACGAGCUGUGCAUGCAGACGGAGGCCCUGACGGUGAAAUCCACUUCAGAGGAGAAAGAGUGUUUUGUAGCUUUUGCACGUGUCUAUAGUGGCAUAGUGCGCAGGGGUCAGACUGUGUUUGUGCUCGGACCCAAGUACGAUCCUGCUGUCGCACUGCAGACGCUGUCAGAUGAGUGUUCAGUCUCUGACUCUAUGCCCGCCAUACCCCACAUGGCCUGCUGCACUCUGGAGCGGUUGUACUUGCUGAUGGGUCGAGAGCUGGAGGAGCUUGAUGAGGUUCCAGCAGGCAACGUUCUGGGAAUCGGUGGGAUGGAGGAGUUUAUUCUAAAGUCAGCCACCAUCUCCACCUCGGCCGCGUGCCCCCCCUUCACGCCACUCAACUUUGAGGCCACCCCCAUCGUCAGAGUAGCGAUUGAACCCAAACAUCCCAGCGAGAUGCCCAAGCUGGUGCGGGGGAUGCGUCUCCUGAACCAGGCCGACCCGUGUGUGGAAGUUUUGAUCCAGGAGAGUGGAGAGCAUGUACUUGUCACAGCAGGAGAGGUUCACCUGCAGCGCUGCCUUGAUGACCUUCGUGAGAGGUUUGCCAAAAUUGAGAUCAGCGUCUCUGCUCCCAUCAUCCCAUUCCGUGAGACAGUGAUUCGCCCGCCCAAAGUGGACAUGGUGAACGAGGAUCUUGGGCGGCAGCAGAAGAUUGCAGUGAUCCAUCAAACCAAAGAGGAGCAAACCAAACUCCCAGAAAAUAUUCAGAUAGAUACAAGCGGCCUGGUGACCCUCACCACCCCCAACAAAAUGGCCACUAUAGGCGUUCGUGCUGUGCCUCUACCUGAGGAAGUGACCAGGCUGUUGGAGAAGAACGCAGAGCUCAUCCGAACAAUGGAACACUUCAACCUGCUGGCACGAGAGGGCAAAGCUUUAGAGAUUAGGUCACAAACUCUGGAGGAAAUCCGCGAUUUAAAGGCAGAAUUAGAAAAGCACCUUCAGGGACACAAGUGGAGAAACGCAGUAGAGAGGAUCUGGGCAUUUGGACCACGUCGCUACGGCCCCAACAUUCUCCUGAACAGUGUUGAAGGAUACCAAAGGCCAUCAGUGUGGCAGUCUCUAAAAUUAGACAAGGAGAAAAGCGAAGGUGUCAUACUUAGAGAUUUGGAUAACAGCAUUGUUAGUGGCUUCCAGCUAGCCACGCUGUCAGGCCCCAUGUGUGAGGAGCCACUGAUGGGGGUCUGCUUCUCCGUCGAGAGCUGGGACUUGAAAAUCCCAACUCAGACUUUACAGAAGAACUCACAAGAUGACUCUAUUCAUCACGAGAGUUUGGAGGCAAAUAAUAACGAGCUUGGAGAAGACAGAGAGGCACAGAGUAGACGUCGAGACACGGUCGACUGCUACGGGCCGUUUUCAGGUCAGCUCAUUGCUUCCAUAAAAGAGGCGUGCAGGUACGCUUUCCAGGCAAAACCACAGCGCCUCAUGGCCGCCAUGUACACCUGUGAGAUUAUGGCUACAGCUGAGGUCUUAGGGCGUGUGUAUGGUGUCCUCUCCAAGCACGAAGGUCGUGUCCUCAAUGAGGAGAUGAAGGAGGGAACAGAUGUGUUCAUCAUCAGAGCCGUACUGCCGGUGGCCGAGAGCUUUGGAUUUGCCGAUGAGAUCCGCAAAAGGGCGAGCGGCCUGGCAAGCCCUCAACUGGUGUUCACUCACUGGGAGGUCAUCUCCAGCGAUCCGUUCUGGGUGCCAACUACUGAAGAAGAAUAUCUCCACUUUGGAGAGAAGGCAGAUUCGGCCAAUCAGGCACUGAAGUACAUGAAUGCUGUUCGGAAGCGCAAAGGGCUUUAUGUGGAGGAGAAGAUCGUCGAACACGCUGAGAAACAGCGGACUCUCGGCAAGAAUAAAUGAACUCUUUGACACACAAAAUGAGUUCCCUGGUUUUGAAAAUUGUAUUUUUUUUUUUUUGCUGAAUGGCUGUUUAAAGUCCAAUAAUUGUACUGAGUUCCAUAUAGAUUGUUUAUUAGCUGCUUUAUUACAACAAAACUACAGUGUACAUUAUAUACACAUGUAUAUGAACAGCUGUCUGGAUUAUUACAUCCAUACAAUUCUGGUAUAAUUGGUCUGGAUAUCUGUAUAUUCAGUAUUCUUUAAACAAAAGUUUAAAAAAAUCUGAAAACCACUGGGGACUAAAAUCAAAUACCACAUUAUACUACAAUAUUUCACAAUAUUUCCAAAUACAGUUCUAAAAUGUUGACUUGACAUGACAAUUCCAUUUGCUGUGUACUUAAUGAAGACUUAAAUACACGACCGUAGUUGCAAAAAUGCAAAACUUACUGACCAAAGUGAACUCAGCAUAAUGUUUGUCUGAACAGCAUGAGACUUUUAUUUUGACAAAUUUCUUGACUGGUCUGAAGUUUUAGAAUUCUGUAUUAAACAGCCUUCGAUCUAACAUCUGGUGAGCCAUCCUUGCCAAACAAUUCGUUUUCACUUGAGAUUUUCUUAAAGAUAUAGUUUGGUGAAAAAUUAACUGUACUCCUUUCUCCAUUACCUCAAAUGAAGUCAGUCGGCCAAGACGUCCAUUUACUGAGACUUGCAUUACUUGACAGCUACAUUAUCCUCCCAGCUCCAGUGCAGAACUAAAAAAGGAAACCUUAGACAUGUAACGCAACUUGACUGAUCAACUAUAUUUGCAGUAAAUGGAACAUUGUGUAAAAUUAGAUUUUUUUUUCUUCACUGAACCAUUGCUUUAAAUUAGCACAGUUCUGGAGCUGCAUUUCAUCCGAGUUUCAACAAUGUGUGAAAAGCUCCCUAAUGCCAAAGACAAUUGGAUAAUUGACUAGACUAGCCUUCUCCUAGCGUUCCCCGAUGGAUUUCAUCAUGCAGGCUAUUAAGACCUUAAAUUAAGUUGUGGGAAAGGAAAAAGAAACAAGUACAGUGAAUUUCAGGGAUUAGAAGCAUUGAAUUAUUUGUGGAACAAAGACCAUUAUUAAAUGAAUUACAAGCUC